AUGACGAACCUGGCUAAACUUUACAUCAAGGAAAUCGUUCGUCUACAUGGAGUUCCGUCCAGCAUCGUUUCAGACCGAGACACAAGGUUUACCUCUCGGUUUUGGCGAUCGUUACAAAGCGAGCUCGGUAGCAAACUCCAAAUGAGUUCGGCUUAUCAUCCUCAGACGGACGGUCAGUCCGAGAGAACCAUUCAGACGCUCGAAGACUUACUUAGGACGUGCGUCCUAGAUCACAUGGGCGUCUGGGAUGAAGUUUUACCUUUGGUAGAGUUCACUUACAACAACAGCUUUCAGGCCAGCAUAGGAAUGGCUCCCUUUGAAGCUCUGUACGGAAGGAAAUGCCGAACGCCAUUAUGGAGAGCCGUUCGACCCAAGAAGUUGUCUCCCAAGUUUAUUGGACCUUAUCAAAUCUUGAGGAAGAUCGGGCCAGUCGCGUACGAGUUGUCCUUGCCACCUCAGCUAUCCAACCUGCAUCCAGUCUUCCAUGUUUCUCAACUUCGGAAGUAUGUAGCUGACCCUUCUCACAUACUAGAGUUGGAAGACGUUCGUCUUCGUCAAGACCGAACGUUAGAAAUGCAACCCGUUAGACUGGAAGAUAUCCGCACCAAAUAUUACAAGAAGAAAGCAAUCCGAUUGGUGAAAGUCGUUUGGGAUGAAAAGACGGGCGACUCUACAUGGGAAGUGGAGGAUGCCAUGAAGGAUUUGUAUCCCCAUCUAUUUCAGAAUUGCACAUUAUCCUCUGUCAGACCUCGGAAAUGA